CUGCGCAGGCCCAAAUCAGCUGUUUUGCUUGGCCACAGUAAUGAGUGAGCGCUCGGUCGGUACGUGGGCGUUGCAAGUUGCAGUUACAGCUAGAACUGGAGAGUUUGCCACCCACCCAGAAAAAGCGAAUAGAAAAGCAAAAGGAACAUCUCGCCAUCCACAACGACGGCUGCAAAGUCGCUCGCUCGCAGAUAAACAGUGUAAACAACAACAAAACAAACAUAGCAAAUUAUGUUUCCUCACUUGAAGAGUGACCGCGUCAAUCUGCAACUGCUGCAGGAGUCCGCAUGCCGCGAGCUGGUGCAACAGCUCGACGCCAUACAUGGCUCCAAAGUGAUUGUGCUGGACGAGGCAAUGAUUGGGCCACUCGGUCUGGUGACCAAACCGAAUCUCUUCAGGGAGCGCUCUAUUGAUUUGUUGCCCCUUAAGCCGGAGAUGCGUUUCCCCAAGGAGCUAAGCAACAUUGUGUACAUUGUGCGGCCACAGGUGGCACUCAUGGAUCAGCUGGUUGCGCAUGUGAAAACCAACAGUCAACAUGGCCGGCAAUUUCACAUUCUCUUCGUGCCACGGCGCUCGUGUCUGUGCAUCAAGCAGCUGGAGAACAAAGAGGUGAUGGGCGCAUUUGGACGGCUUGAGGAGUUGCCCUGGAACUUUCUGCCCCUCGAUGCGGAUGUGGUGAGCAUGGAAAUGCUGCAUGCAUAUCGUGAUGUCAGCAUCGAUGGCGACACCACUGCACUGUAUCAGGCGGCCAUUGGAUUGGUGCAACUGCAGCGUCUCUACGGACGCAUACCCAAGAUCUAUGGCAAGGGUGUGCAGGCGCAGCUGGUGUGGGAUCAUGCCAAGCAGCUGGCCAUCGAUGAGAAGUCACUGUACAACGGCGAUAAGGGCGCCAUCGAUCAGCUCAUUCUGUUGGAUCGUGGCAUCGAUCUUCUGUCGCCGCUGGCCACCCAAUUAACAUACGAGGGACUGAUUGAUGAGUUCUAUGGCAUACGACAGAAUCAACUGACGCUCCCCGCUGAGCAUUUUCCCUCCUACAAUGCAGUCAAUUCGUCGUCCACAGCUGCGACUGCUGUCCGUGCUGCUGAGGAGUCGGAACGCUUGCUGUCGGACAGAGGACAGCGGAAGACGCUGAUGCUGCACUCGGGCGAGGAGUUGUAUGCGGAGUUGCGCAACAAGAACUUUAACGAGGUGCGCAUGCUGCUCGUGCGCAAGGUGAAGGAAAUCCAGGAGCAGAUGAAUUUGAAUUCCCAGCAGCAAUCGGUGCAGGAGAUCAAGAGCUUUGUCGAGCGUAUGCCACAGAUGCUGGAACAGAAGCGUGCCACCUCGGAUCACACAGCCAUCGCGGGUCUGAUCGAUGAGCAACUGAAGAGCUAUGCCUUCAACGAUGACCUCGCCGCCGAGCAGGAGUUCAUGGUGUGUGCGGACAUCGACAAGUCGAGCUCGUACAUUGAGGAUCUCAUUGCUCGCCACUCGGAGCUGCACAAUGUGCUGCGCCUGAUUUGUCUGCAGUGCGCCGCCGCCUCCGGUUUCAAGGAGCGUGUGCUCAACCAUUACAAGCGCGAACUGGCCCACGUCUAUGGGCUGGAGGUGCUGCUGACCAUCAGUAAUUUGGAGAAGGCGGGUCUGCUGCAUGCCCAGACCGAAUCGCGUGCUUACGCCGUGCUGCGCAAGACACUUCACCUGACCGUGGACGACAGCGUCGAGGUGAAUCCCAAGGACAUCAGCUACGUGCACAGCUUCUAUGCUCCGUUGACCGCUCGCCUCGUCGAGCACUCGCUGAAGCCGCUUGGCUGGCAGUCGCUCAAGAGCCAGAUCAACAAUCUGCCCGGCCCGACGUUCGAGGACUUCCGCGCUCUAAUUGGCAUCGGGGGACGUCAUGGAGGCGGCGGCACGCCCAGCGAGACAUCGCUAUUGCAUGCGCGACGUGUGGUGCUCGUGCUCUUCGUGGGCGGCUGCACGUUUGCGGAGAUUGCGGCGCUGCGAUUCUUGGCGGCGCAGGAGGACAACAAUGUGCAGUUUCUGAUUGCGACAACGAAGAUCAUCAAUAAGCGCACGUUCCUCGAGAGCGUGAUGGGAUCGUGAAGGCAGCGCCUCAGUCGCCUGGAGGCGCAUCGCUUGUCCGUCAGCUGCGGCAUGUCGCGGGGUCGCAACGCCUCCAUCCCGUUGAAGCCAUGACCAAAAAUGUGCCAGCCAAAGCAGCCCAAACAGCGCAGUGCUGGCUACAAACCCAAGCCGAUGACGACAGUAAAGCAACCGAUGCCAGAGUAGACCACCACACAUAGAAGAUGUCUGCUCUAAAUUAUAUAUAUAUAUAUAUACACACAAACAUAUAUAAAUAGAUAUAUUCUGUGUGUAUAAAUGUUAUUUUUCUAUACACAACGCGAAGAUUCGAUAACGGCAUAUAAUAAUUCUUAUUAUUAAUCAACUAUUUAUGUAUAUCCAGAUUAUAGAUGAUAACUCCUAUAUAUCAUAUAUGUCAUACUAUAUAUUUUAUAUGUGUACAGUUUGAAUGGGGCUCUUGCAACUCGCGAUUUGUAGAUACAACCUCUCUAGAUGUUAUUACAGAUACUACAUAAAUAUAACCAUGAAAUCCC